AGUUAAAAAGUGAUCGAUUUUGUUGAGACCUUGUGCCGAAUUAUUAAUUCAUCUUUUAUGCAUGUCGGACUCGUGUACUGUCUAGUGUACUUUUAUUUUUAUUCGCGGGGCAUUUCCCGUGACGCUCGCGCGCGUGUCGCAUCAAAGGUGGAGUAAAGCGGGGUGUAUAAGACAUCUCCCUUUGUGUUAUCAUUUCAUCGCCAGCCUCAGACAUGUACACAGAACUUGUCUUUAUCUCUCAACCCGCGAGACAGUGUCAGGGUGUCCGGGAUGUCAGAAUAGCAUCCAAGAUGGAUCCACGACAGUGGCAGAGACUGCGUACUCUCGUCAUAGAUGCAGCCGCCAGAUUUCUCAAUAUACAAGAUAGAUAUGAGCAUCAGGACCCCGAAAUGGUUCGUUUGUUCUACCAGGCGGUUCACGCUACGUGGCCCGAGGUUUCAGCAAAAUAUCCGAACUCAUGGGUUCUGGUUCGGUACUUAAAGAUAUAUUUGUUGAAACGAGUAUAUCGGAAACGGUGGUAUGACCGUAAAGUCGCUCGUGAGAGGGCUGGCAGCCAAGCCCGACAACAGCCCAGACGCCUUCGCACAAAAAACACAAAUCAAUCGUCCGUCCGUCAACUCGAUACCGGUGCUUCACAAGCCUGUGUAGCCUCGAGAACUCGAAGGAGGGCUACUGCCUGUGAUCGACCUGCCUCCCCAUCUGGUCCAGAAAUUACGGCGUCACCCACAAUGCAUUGCUCUCCUGUCAUCGCUUCCCAACAUAGCGGGAGCUCAUCUUCUCUCGCCUCAGCACACUCGCACAACAUAGUACCCGUUCAAAGCUCUCGCGCAGUUUUUCGUUUUCUUGAUUCCAUGACACCCAGUCUGGUAAAACUUGUUCCGGAUUUCCUUUCUGCUGGGAUUCAUGAUCAGAACCAUCUGGAGGACUUCUUUACGUGGCCCGAGAAGGCUCAACGUAACUUUCUUCUCAAGACAUUUAUCGGAAGAAUGAACGCGUUGGAGUUGGGAACAAUGCUAAUAGCGUUGAACUCUAAACGAUGUGGUUAAGUUGAUGCUACAGUAGCUAUUGCUCCACAUUCAACUUGUUCCUCGAUUACAACUUUGAUGUCAGUUACGACAGCCUUACGAGACCUUGCGGUAUUUCUUUCUGAAGUAGUGGCUGUGUAGCUUCUGAUUUCAACAACGCCAAACAAGAACUUAGCAUUUGUAACACUAGCACUUCGUACUUAGUACACGUCCGUGACAUUCUAUUACACCGCAGCACUAGGGUAAUUCUAUCCAGUCAUCCAUCUUCUAGGACGUUAAAUAUAAUAUGGGAGUCGAAUCACUGAACGAUGAGACCAUGUCAGUGACACCCGAGGUGGUUCCAUUAA